AUGAGCGAGGCCUCCGCAUUCGCUCACAAUCCCACCAAGAGACGGAAACUCAACACGGGGGAUGGUCAUUCACACAGUCAUGAUGAUUACACGAUUGGUUGGGUCUGCGCCCUUGCCCUUGAAGCUGCUGCUGCCAAAGCAAUGCUUGACGAGAUUCAUCCGACCCUCGAAACCCACCCCAAUGACAAAAAUGCAUACACCCUGGGAGCGAUCAGUGGGCACAGUGUGGUGAUCGCCUGUCUCCCCGCUGGCACCUAUGGCACUACCUCAGCCGCGACAGUUGCGAGCUCCAUGUUCUUUACCUUUGGCUCCAUACAGCAUCUCCUCAUGGUGGGGAUCGGCGGAGGGGUACCAUCAGAAUCCAACGAUGUGAGGCUUGGUGAUGUCGUCGUCAGCGUUCCGACCCCGGGAUGUGAGGGCGUGAUACAGUACGACUACGGGAAGACCAUUCAGGAAGGACACUUUGAGAGAACAGGAACCCUGAGUAAACCCUCCACAUCCCUCCUGGCCGCAGUCACAAAGCUCCGAGCCGACCACUAUUGCAGCGGGACUCAGAUUGCAGCGCUCGUCGCUCAGAUGCUGGCCAACCGCCCAUCGAUGGUACAGCCAUUCACGCGUCCUGAAGCUGAACCGGACAGACUGUUCCGUGCGAACUAUGAACAUGACCCAUCCCAGCGCACAUGCGUAAAUUGUGAUGCGAACGAAUUGAUCUUGCGCUCAGCACGCAAGGACACCCAGCCAGCUGUUCAUUACGGCCUGAUCGCUUCCGGAAACCAGGUGAUCAAGCAUGCAGGCACCCGUGACCGACUGGCUGCGAAGUUGGAUAUAUUGUGCUUUGAGAUGGAAGCCGCCGGUCUGAUGGAUGACUUCCCGUGCCUAGUGAUUCGAGGGAUUUCAGACUAUGCCGAUUCGCAUAAGAACAAGCAAUGGCAGGGAUACGCAGCCGCCACGGCUGCUGCUUAUGCUAAAGAGCUGUUGGCGGUUAUCAACGCCACAGGGCCCAGAAUAGCUCGAAAAUCACCAACAAAGACAACAACCGGCGGUGUCGACCAUCGCAGGUGUGUGAUGGACGCAUUGCGGUUUGAACAAAUAGAGAGUCGACAGGCAACAAUCAAAGCUGCCCAUGCUAAGACAUGCCGAUGGCUCUUGGAGAAACAAGAAUAUCUGGAUUGGCUUGACACAAACAAGGUCGUCGAUCAUUAUGGCUUUCUCUGGAUCAAAGGCAAAGCAGGAAGCGGCAAAUCAACCAUCAUGAAAUUUGCGUACCAGCACGCCCAGGCGGCCAGGGAUGACAAUAUUGUGAUUGUUUCAUUCUUCUUCAAUGCGCGUGGUGAGCAGCUUGAAAGAACGACCGAAGGAAUGUAUCGCUCUUUGCUCUUGCAGCUGAUGGAGGCUGUGCCUGAUCUUCAAGUAUUAUUGGAUCGAGUUCCUUUGCCACCUAUUCACGACAGCCAGAAUUCUUCCAUCCUGGAAAUCGAGAGGCUUCAAGAGAUCUUCCGCUGUGCCGUGACCUCACUCGAUGGAAAGCAUCUGAUUUGUUUUAUCGAUGCGCUUGAUGAGUGUGACGUGGAGCAGGUGCGAGCCAUGGUAGAGUUCCUCGAAUCCUUAGGACAAUACGCGACGUUAUCGCAGAUCAAACUUCAUGUUUGCUUUUCCAGUCGUCAGUACCCGUUCAUCACGGUGGAGAAUGGAAUCGAAUUGAUUCUCCAUGACCAAAAAGGCCAUGGGGAGGACAUCGCUCGAUACCUGCGCAGCGAAUUGAAGAUCGGACGAAGUAAACAAGCUGAUCUCAUUCGAACCGAGAUAUCAAGCAAAGCAUCUGGCAUCUUUCUCUGGACUGUUCUUGUUGUUCAGAUCCUCAAUCGCGAAUAUGAGAGGGGUCGUCUGCAUGCGCUGCGCAAGAGGCUUUCCGAGAUACCAAAUGAGCUAGGCGAACUGUUCAAAGACAUCUUGACUCGCGACAAUGCUAAUCUGGAUGAGCUAUUGCUAUGCAUCCAGUGGGUCUUAUUCAGCAAGCGGCCGCUGAGAAGAGAAGAGCUCUACUUUGCCAUUCUUUCCGGCCAGCCGGACGAUCUCUCGGAUGCCUGGGACCCCGAUGACAUUACCCUGGACGACAUGGAGCGGUUCAUCUUAGCGACGUCGAAAGGCCUGACCGAGACAACCAAGUCACGACAUGCGACCGUGCAAUUUAUACAUGAAUCCGUCCGUGAGUUUCUCUUGAGAGGGAAUGGCAUCAGAGAGCUUUGGCCUGGCAAGCAUGACCGCUUCGAUGCAUUGAGCCACGAUCGCCUCAAAAUGUGUUGUCAAAAUUAUUUGAUGACCGACAUCCGAGGCUCACUUGGUGUUCCUGACGAGCUUCCCAUUGCGUCAUCCGAGAGUGCUCGCGACAUACGAUCUGCAGUGAUUUCCCGCUAUCCGUUCUUCCAAUAUGCAGUAUCCAAUGUCCUUCACCACGCUGAUGCUGCACAAAAUGGUGGUGUGGACCAGAGCCAGUUCAUCGAUCACUUCCCUCUCACUGAGUGGAUUCAUCACAGCAAUAUGAUCGAGCAGGCCCAAAUCCGACGCUACACAUCGUCUGCAAGCCUCUUGUAUAUCCUUGCAGAGCACGACCUCCCUAAUCUGAUAGGCAUAGUAUUGGUGGAUACACCAGAUCUGCAGAUAGCGGGUGAGAGUGAUUCCAAAAGUCAACACUUGCUACUAUGCCAGUCUAUUGAUGAGGACAGGCCAACAGUAGUUGACUUUCUGCUCCGGGUUCUCAAAGUUCACCCAGACGGCUGCGGGAGCGGACCUCAAGGGACACCGCUCCGUCUAGCAAUCGAACUUGGACGAGAGCAUAUAUUCUCUAGGCUCCUUGCAGAUUGUCGUGUCAGUCUCGAUCGCAUGUAUGAUGAGGAUGGGCUAACUCCAUUGGCCUGUGCGUGCACUGAAGGUCGGCUUGCUUUCGUCCGGGAUCUGUUGGCAUCUGGGCGAAUCCAAUGUGAUCGGGGUGCUUGGACCGGCCGAACACCACUAUCAUAUGCG